CGGUACCGAGUAGCUAGCAGCUAACCCGUUAGCUUGUGUGUAGCCGAGGACAGCGUUUACUAAUGGCGUGACCCGCUGCCCAGGCUUAAACGCGGUCGCGUAGCGUGUUAACGUAUCUUUUUUGGCGAGUUUUGAUGACGCGCUAGGAAGGAAGGAUGUGCUCCGUGGCGGGGUGCAAGACGUCGGCGGAGCGCGGCGCGGCGGCGGCGGCGCGCUGUUUCGGGUUACCGGGAGAUCCGGACAGGAGACUGGGGUGCAGCGAGCACUUCACGGAGGACUGCUUUGAAAAGCCGACCCAGGUCCGCGCGGGCGCGCUCCUGCUGAAGUCGACCGCGACCCCGUCUCUCCACGCCGGGCCGGGUCAGCCGGGUCCGCCGGGUCAGCCCGGGGUGGACCCGGCGAGGGUGGACCCGGCGGGCGCCACCAGCGCGGACAAAGCCGCAGAUGCUGGAUAUCAGGGGGACGAACUCCUGGACAGGGUUAAUCACUCGACUUGUCCCGGGGAACCAACGCUGCUUUCAAAGGGUGUGCAAGUAAAUCCAGUGUCGUGCGGCGUCUCGGUUUCCUGUUCCACUGACGUUUCGUAUCCUGUUACCUUUGAGAGGAGUCGGGCACAGCAGGAGCCUACCAAUAGAGAGGAUUUAGUCAAACAAAAGUUUGUGCUUUUGCAAACAAAAGGAAAGUUUAUCGUGAAUGAGAGUUGCCUCCUUCAGUUGUUCAGACGGAACUGUCCUUCAUGCGGGAGCAGCUGUAAACUGGAGAAGAUCCUCCAUGGUUCUCUCGUCACCAUGAACCAACAGUGCAUCAAGUGUGAAUACAAAUUCCAGUGGAAAAGCCAGGUCCAGGCCAGCCUCCCAACAGCGCAAGGUCAGCAGCAGACAGGAGACACAGAAUCAACUGCACAGAGUCACCAGGAAGGACUUCACCAGGCAGAGCCCUCACACUAUGGCAGCAACUGCAGCGUUGUUCCAGUCAUCGUCUCUGAGGUAAUUGCAUUUAGUGAUGAAGAACAAGACUCCUCAGAUGAGAAAGGGGGUGGUGAUUAUCGAUGUGUGGGUGCCAUGGAGUCCAGUUCUAGGGUGAAGGACUAUGAUCCCUCUGACCUCCCAGACUUUGGUAGCAGCUUUGAUAUGAACAAGGAAAUCCCUGAAGAUGAUUUCUUAAGCCGCCACGGUCGUCACGAACGUGAGCUUUGUUCAGAGUGUGGAACAUUUUUCAAGGCUCUGAAGCCUCAUACGUGCGAGCACAAAAUCAAGCCGUAUCCCUGCAACGUCUGUGGCAAGAGAUGUGCCACGGAGAAUGCCCUGCAAAGGCAUAACAAAAUCCAUAACGAAAAUUACAUGCACCUGUGCAGAUUCUGCCUCAAAAUUUUCAAAACGAGGGUCGACAAGAUCACACAUGAGCAGUCUCACUCGCCGACGUUAAAGCCGUAUAAAUGCCCGGAUUGUCCAGAGGCGUUUACUCAGCUUCAUGUGCGCAACAGGCAUCUGCGAGGUCACAGAGGCGUGAAGAAAUAUGCCUGUCGUUUCUGUAAAUUUGAGUUUUUGUGCGAGAAUCAGCUCCUCAGACAUGAGAGGGUGCACACAGGAGUGAAGCCGUUUGUGUGUGAGGUGUGCCAGCGCUCCUUCAAUCAAGAAGGCCACCUAAAGUCCCACAUGCGCCUCCACACUGGGGAGAGGCCCUAUAAGUGUCCACAUUGUGACAGAAGCUUCAACCACAACAUUAGCCGGAAGAAUCAUGUCCAGCGUCACCACAGUGAAGUUCAUGACUCCGGUCAUAGACAGUUUGAGGUUGAUAUGGAUGAGAAUGAAGACAAGGGCAGCGUUGGUGACGCUGAGGAGAGCGGAUGUAGUAGGACAGUCACAGAUGCAGGGUUAAGUCUAGAAUUGGAUGAAGAAGACGAGGAAGUAAAAGAAGAAGGAGGAGGAGGAGCAGAAGGAGGAGAAAGACGUCAAACAAAAAAACAUUCAGCGGAAGGGUCACGGGUAGACCAAAAGGAAACGGAUGGAGUCCGUACCAAAAAAAUCUGA